AUGUCGCCAACGCAGCCCGAGAAAAACAGUGCUAAAUCUAACGGCCACAGUAAUGAAGAUGUAGACGGCGAGCACAACGAGUGGAAAUUCCGCGCCCCGUACAAAGUCCACGACAACGAUCCCAACUUCAAAGCCUUAUACGAGGGAAGUUGUCACUGCGGGAAAGUACAGUAUCAGCUUAGCAGAGAGAAGCCGAUCAGUGCUAAGUUCUGCCACUGUUCUACUUGUCAGGUUCUGCAUGGCGCGCCUUUCCAAUGGGCAGCAAUAUUCCACAAAGAAGACAUCAACUUCACCCACGGCCACUCGGAUCUCGGCUGGUACGAGAGCAGUGAAAAGACAACGCGCCACAAACUUCCCUGUAAAGUCUCCUGUGCCUAUUGCCGGUCCCCCAUCAUGGACGAGGGUAGGAAUAUGAUCUUGCUGUUUCCCAGCUUGAUCAAGUUUAAAGGGCGUGGUGAGAAGGAAAAGUUUGAUCCUGAGUGUCAUAUGUUUUAUGGCAAUCGGCAGCUGGAUAUCAAGGAUGGACGCCCGAAGUGGACGGGCAUUAAUGGGAAGAGCGAGCUGGUUGAGGAUAGUCCGGUAGAGAUGGUGAGGAAGCGGAAGAGGGAGAUCGAGGAGGAAAAGGAAAAGGGGGUGGAGGGGGAGAAGAAGAGGGAGAAGAUUUGA